AUGAAUAUCAAUGGAAGAUUGCAGCAAGAUGAAAAUCAAGCACAUCUUUUCUUACAUAAGAAACCAAGCAGUUUCUUGAUAAAGGAAAAGACAGCGACAAAAUCCAAGGAUCCUGACAAUAUAAGGCUUCGUGAUUUAAACUUUAAUCAUAGAAAAGAUCUGGAUGAAGGGAAAAAAGCAAAACAGAUCCCGGUUCAGGUAAGCUUUGAGAAGUCUGACAGAUCUGAAAUUCGUACUGGCUUAGAAUCAGAUGAAUUGAGUGAUAUUAACCUUGAUUAUAUACCGGAUUCCCCACUUAUACAGAAAAUAUCAGGGCCUGAGAAUUCUACUGUUGUCACACCAAAAAAUAUAAUAUAUUUACAAUCCGAUUCCGAUCUUAUUCUCGACGAAUGCGACCGUAAUUUCGACUGUGGCCCCUUUUAUCAUCUGUAUAACUACGAAAAUAGAAUUGAGCCCGAUGAUUACGAAGCUAUUGUAGAAGCUAUUAUAACGGACGAGAUUGCUUGCACAUAUCCGGUUUUCGAACGAGAAUUAGAGUAUCAAGAACUCAAGAAUCUUGUCAGAAAGAGGGAUUAUGUUUUAUAUUAUUUGUUAUCAAGGGAUUCUUUGGGAUUUUUUCAAUUAAAAGAGGAACGCACUUUAUUUUAUACGUACCCUUCAAUUGCGUACACUAGUCCCUUGAGGUAUUUGGAUAAUGGGUCUGAAAACGAACUGUUUACCGAGGAGGAUGAUGAGCUGCUUCAGUCAUUUGAUUUUGAAAAUAUGUCAUCCGUGAGGACUUUAGAAAAUAAUAUAUCACGGUAG